AUGCCUUCCAUGUAUGUGGUUGUUGAUGCUUUCUCCAAUCAACAUCGGGAUUAUCUAACGAAUCUAUUUCAAUACUAUAAUAAGGAUCCCUACACUAUUGUUAACGACUUAAGCAGUUUCUGUGUUAAUAAUCAAAACUAUACUGGUGUUCAAGGACCUCAAGUUCAAGCUCCGGCUCCUGUACAAGAAACUGUCCAGAAUCCUGUUCAAAACCCUGUUCAAACCUCUGGCAAUACAACGAACUUGAGCCCCGCUCUUGCACCAAACCUCAGUCCUGCUCUACCAACUCAAAACUAUGUGGAUGGAUACUUCGCUAAUAUGUAUUCGAAUACUAUAGGAAAUAAUUAUAUGGAUAACUCUUGCUUAUAUGGAACGCCUGACGUCAAUGUUAAUUAUUAUGGCUUUAACUCUAUUGUGCCAUCAACGGAAUACAAUUCCAAUCUUACUAACGCACCUACGUUGAACUACAACACCAAUCAGUACAGUCCACCAAUGGCUUAUACUUCUGGAAACAUGAGUCGACGAUCUGACGAAGGAUUCUACUCUGAAUCUUCUUUUGCUUCAUGUUCAACUCCAUCAAAUGCUGAGUCUUCUUGUUCAACACCACCUAACGCCAACUCUGUUUGCGCUAACUCGCCAAGCGGUCCUUUCUCUCCAGUACUAGCUAAUGACGUAUCCAGUGAAGAAAGAACAUCUACCGCUGGGAGCAAAUUCGCCUUAUGGGCGGUGCUUUGCGAUGCUAUUAUGGAACCUCAGUGUGCUGGCGCAAUUCGCAUCGUUUCAAAAGUUCUCGAUAAAAUUAGUUUCACCGUAACUGAUAUGGAUGCUGCCACCAAGAUCCUCUCUACCUACGCUUCUUCUCCAAAUUUGAAAGGACGUAUUAGCACAUACCUCUGGAAUGCAGUUCAGAAGGGAAUGUUGAAGAAAGCCAAAUUAGGAAAAGAAACAGUCUACAUCUUCACUGAAACAGCUCUUGAAAGCAUGUCUUUCUUCUUAGAAAAGAAGGAUCUCACAUUAGAUGAUUUCUUCAAGACUGUCCAAGAUGCCGAUUGUUCCUCAUCAGCAGACGGAACUGUUCUUGAGAGCGAGGAGGAUGAUGUUUCUCGUAAGAGAGGCAAGUCUGGAGUCAUUUGGGAAACAAUUGUUAAUAGUCUUAUUGACCCUCAUGAUACUUCUGUUGAAUUCUUUGGUUGCGAUGGAUAUCAAAUAGGAUUUUCUAUUAAGAGAGUCGAAGCUAUAUCUGAUGGCAUUUUUGGAAACCGAGGAUUAAGCAGAGGCGAGAAAACAAGGAAGCUCCGUAUUUUGUUGUGGAACGGCACUAACACCCAGAAGUACAUCGAGCGUGUGAACGGAUCCUUAUCAAAUUACUAUUUCACUGAGCGCUCCAAGAGAAUGCUCAUAAAGCUUUUGGGUCAUAAGAACUUAACAUUGAACGAAUUAAAAGCAAUGGGACAAAGAGCUUGUAAGUCUGUAUACUAA